UCUGUAUUACUUUAUUUGUGAGGCAUAUACCAAUUAAAAGCGCCGACACCCCACCCCCACCUUUUUAUCUCCACACUUUAGGAGGUAGAAGCCUAUAUUAGUUAGUAGACAGGCAAGGCAAGGCAAGUGAGUCGACCCCAUUCUGAAGAAGCAGCAUGUCGGAGAAAGUAUGCGACCACCACGAGAGCGGGCGCCGCAAGAUGGCGCGGCGGUGCGGCGCCGCCCUGCUGAGCUUCAUCUUCAUAUUCCUCCUGAUCAUCCUGCUGGUGUGGGCCAUCCUCCAGCCAAAGAAGCCGCGCUUCACCCUCCAAGACGCCACCAUCUUCAACCUCAACAUCUCGGCCCCCAACGUCAUCUCCACCACCGUCCAGGUCACCGUGAACUCCCGCAACCCGAACCCCCGCAUCGGCGUCUACUACGACCGGCUGGACGUGUACGCCACCUACCGCAGCCAGCAGAUCAGCUACUACACGGUGAUCCCCCCCGUCUACCAGGGCCACAAGGACGUCAACGUCUGGUCCCCUUUCCUCUACGGCAACAACGUCCCCGUCGCCCCUUACAACGGCAUCGCCCUCGCCCAGGACCAGGCCGCCGGCGCCAUCAACCUCCUCAUCAAGAUCAACGGCCGCGUCCGCUGGAAGGUCGGCUCCUUCAUCUCCGGCCGCUACCACCUCCACGUCGCCUGCGCCGCCUAUAUCCCCAUCUCUAACAGCAAGAACACCGGCAUCGUCAUCGGCAAUGCAGUUAAGUAUCAGCUUUCCCAGACUUGUACCGUCAACGUUUGAUUUUUUUCUUUUUUCUUUUUCCGGCUUUUUGGUUUAUAUUUUGAUCUUAAUUUAAGAUUUGUAAAUUUGCUGGAAAUAAUGUGUGAGGUGCGGGAGAUGGGAUUGAAGGAGGUGAAUGCAGAAAUUUGCAAUCUUGUAUUAUUACACUUCGUUAAUGAUUAUGCUGUAGUUUUAAGAUAUUACUACAUGUAAUAAUUGUUUCUUUUUAUUGGAAACGUUUAGUGAAGGUCAAGUUAUAAUUAA